AGAGAGCGAGCGGCCAGACACAGCCCUCUCUCUCUGCCCCACCGAGAAGAAUAAAACCCCACAAAGCUCUCCACUUAUCAGUCUCAAGACAGCACAACUAAACCUUUUUCACCUCAUCAGACAAAUACAAUUUCUUGGUUUGUCUUUCAGAGCAGGGCAGGGAAGGCCUCACCCAAUGACUGUAGGGACCAGUGAGGGAGUCUUCAUGUAUGCCGUGGAAUAUUAUUUCUAAGAGGAUGGUCAGUGCGUUGAUUUACGGUCUUCUGAGCUGCUGUGUGUGUGUAGGAUUGAAAGAGUGAGUUUAUUUAUACAUGUGAGUGUGAUUGUAUCCCAUCACCAUGGCCUCGAUGAGGGUGACCUUGGAGAAUCAACUCCACAGUGCACAGAAGAACCUGCUGUUUCUGCAGCAAGACCAUGCCAACACACUGAAGGGUCUUCAUGCUGAGAUCCGCCGUCUACAACAGCACUGCACAGAUCUAACAUAUGAGCUGACAAUGAGGAGCUCUGAUGCAGGCGAUGAUGGUGAGGCACGCUGCAGAGAGCUACACCAGCGCUGUGAGGAACUGGAGGUUCAGCUGAAGGCCAAAGAGCAGGAAAACACAGAGCUUCUGCGGGACCUGGAACAGAAGAACGCCAUGAUCUCUGUUCUGGAGAACACCAUCCGUGAGCGAGAGAAAAAAUAUCUCGACGAGCUGAAGUUGAAGAGCCACAAGUUGGCCGUGCUGUCUGGAGAGUUAGAGCAGAGAGCCAGCACCAUCGCCUACCUCACCUCCCAGCUCCACGCUACCAAAAAGCGCCUUCUCACCGGGGGAGCAUCAGGCGUGAGCCCGUCCGUCAGCCCCGUUGGCACUUUCAAACCAACCCCUCCACCCGCUCCUGCGCCAUCGGGAAAUGAAAAAGACAUCCGCCAACCCGAUACACCUCGCAGGCGCAUGCGCAAAAGUCUUUCGCAGCCACUGCACUCCGAAUACACAGAGCUGUAUCGAACGGGUGCCACGGACGGCCGCAGGGUGGUACUGAGAGAUUCCCUAGAUUCAAUGCCGGAUCCCACACCGUUCCUGCAGGCCAGAGAGCCGGCUGCCCCCGUAGAGUCUCAGCCGGUGGUGCGGGAACGCCCUUCUGUGAUCCCACCCAUUGUUUCUUCCACACCCCCUGCACCAUCAAGCCCCGCCCAUAUCCCGGUCCCCCCCAGCCCCAGGAAUAGUCCGGCACGGGAGGGGUCUCUUUCCCGUGCUAACGCGCAUAUAGGAGUAGCACAUCGGAUCCACCGCUCACCCUCAGCAGGCGGAGACCGGCCACCGGCGGAGGUGGAGACCCUCGCCGUAGACCAAGUCAAUGGGGAACAGGUGGUCCGAAAACGCUCGGGCGCAGACAGAACUGUUUAAACUGAUGCAUUUUAACAUCCCUCAAAUACAGAUAGAAGUAUAUAAACAUAGGUGUAUUAAGACCAAUGCAGUAUAUGCAGAACUCUUUGACUGUGAAAACGCAUACAGACAUGCUCAGAUCAUCAACAUACCUCUGACAGAAACAAUAAACACUGCUGAUUUAAAACAAAUAACAAACACAGCACAACAAUGGGUGAACAACAUACACUGGCACACUGAAUUGAAUUGAUUGAAUUAAGUUUUCUUAAAAUGAAAUUUUUUGUUUGAUCUUCAUAAUUCAAUUAGGUCACUGGUUAAGCAUGAUUGAAUACAUUUUUCUUAAAAUGAAAUUAACAUUAAUUCAAUGAAUUCAAUCAUGUGAAACCGGUGUCCACAAGUUUUUAUUUCAGUGUAUUUGAACAAGUAAGAUUUAAGCAAGUACUGUUAUUACCCAGACAGCAGACGACUCCGGGAUGCUGACUUUAGCGCGGAUCUGGUGUGGAAUCAUCUGUUAACGCAAAGGAAUAUAACUGUGUUUCUUGGAGAAAGAUUAAGAGUGUGCAAGAUCUACUGUAUGUCCUGCUUUUGCUACUUUUUAUGCAACACUGUAAGAAAAAAAAAUGACUUUUGUUCGCGAUCAUUUUAAGAACUUUUUGUCUGGUCUCAUUCAAGGAAAACUGUGAGCAUGCCAAAUGUUUCUUUCUCUUGCUCACUUGCAGCAUCUUCUUUGCACUUUGGAUUCCUCUUUUUUGUUUUUCUUUGUUUAGUUUUAGUCCACAUGCAAUACAAAAUCCCACAUGCACACAUAUUGCCAAACCCGUCAUAGCCUGCUGAUUUAACGUGCUGUAAUGCAUAUUCAUAUCUACUUAUAUUUAUUCAUAAGCACUGCAGUGGUACUGGAAUCUUCAGCUCUCCUCACGCUCUAAUGUGAAAGUCUCUUAUUAA